CUCCUUCGCCUCCUUUCCCCAAGUGACCUUCGUCUGUGAAACUCUACCCCGCAAGUGAGGCAGCGAGGAGCGACUUCUUCUGAGAAUUUCACAGGACCGGGAGGCCUGCAACUGUUAAAAAUAUUAGUUCUCAAUGGAACCCAAAAAGGAAAUGGAGAUGAUGGUGAAGGUGGGUCCUUAUGGGCGGGGAGGCACACCUUGGGAUGAGAAAGGCAAAAGCAUGCUUACCCAGAUCUUCAUAUCCUAUGACAGCGAAAGGGUAUUUUCAAUACAAACUGCAUACAUUCAGGAUGGGAAAUUGCAAUUAUCUGAUAAACAUGGUGGAAAUGGAGCUACGUUCAAAACGGUUGAGAUUGAUUAUCCUUCUGAGUUUCUUACCGGUAUUAGUGGUUACAAAUAUUCUCUUCAAUGUAUGUUGAAGUCUUUGACGUUUGAAACCAACAAGAGAAAAUUUGGGCCGUUUGGGCCAGAGGAAGGCGAUCACUUCUGCAUUCAGAUGGGGACUAAGCGAUUCUUUGGAGGGUUUCAUGGAACUUCUGACGUACUCUGUCUCCGCUCAAUUGGAGUGUACUUGAAGCCUAUCAAUCCUUUGGAGGAUACUAAAUUACCUACUUCAACCGUUCAAGUAUUUAAAGCCUAUCAAUUUGGAGCAUAAUGAAUUACCUACUUCAACCGUUCCUAUGCGAUACUCAUUGUGAUAUUAUGACCUUAUUAUGACCUGUAAAAUACUCAUAAGCUACCCUAAGUUAUACAAAGGGUUCAAAGAAGAACUGGGAAUUAUAAGCUAGUGCCAAUCAGUCCUAUCAUUGCUCGAUUCGGCUGAUUGUGGGUUCAAGUUGAUACGCCCCAUUAUUACUUGUUGAUCCUGUGAAAGUGCUACUUGCCAUAUGAGAGCUUCGACUUCAGAGUUAUGAUCACUACUAUAGAGCAGCUAUUUUUGUUUUUA